AUGCUGAGUUUUACAUCCAAAUAAUUAAACAGUUGCAAUUAGAUUUUUACUAACAAUGUUUGUGUCUGGAGUUUUAUAUUUAAUGAAAUCCUACCAGUAAUAACUAAUGUUUAAAAUUAGUAUAUAAUGUUUUAUAGAAUUAUUAGUACAUAAACUAUUUAUGGAUGUUUAUUAUUAAUUUAUCAUUUCUGUCUGCAGCAAUCUGUUUAACUAGAGUUUAAUUAUCUUAAGAAAAUGAAGAAUAGGAAAUUACUUAAGGUAGUUAAUCUACUCAAGAAGGAAUGUGAGUAUUUUGAUUAAUUAUAAAAUAUGUAUUGUUUAUAUAUAUUUUAAUCAACUCCUCCUUACAUAAUAAGAAUACCUUCCUGA